CCCUUUCCUCCUGCGGCCCGACACCAACCCUCCCCCAAAUCCCCCACGCCACCGCCGCGCCGUCGCCGCCUCCUCCUCGGCGGCGCGUCUCCUUCUCCUCAUCAUCCUUCGCCGCUACCCCUUGCGGCCUCCUACGACCCCAGGGCCCCCACGCGGGGCGUGGCCCGGACGCUCCCCUGACCUUGGCUGCGGCUAGGGUUUCAUGCGCGCCCCCCGCGGCCGCCGCAGCCGCCGAUGUCGCACCCCGGCAAGUUCGUCUCCGUUAACCUCAACCGAUCGUACGGCCAGCCCGCGCCCUCGCACCAUGGAGGAGCCCGCCCAUCACGGCCCCCCGGGUCGUCCGGUGGCGGCGGCGGGGGCGGCAUGGUGGUGCUCUCCCGCGCCCGUGGCUCCUCCGUGGCCAAGCCCCAGCCGCCCAAGCUCUCCGUCCCGCCGCCGCUGAACCUCCCCUCGCUCCGCAAGGAGCACGAGCGCUUCGAUGGCGCCGCCGCGGCCGCGGGCGGCGGAGCUGCCUCCGCCCCGGUCCGAUCUGGUGCGCCCACUGCCGGGUGGACCAAGCCCGCCCCGGCCGCCGAGAAGCCCCCUGCUUCCGUGCCGCUCCCUGGCGGCGGCCCCAGGCCCCCUUCGUAUGGAUUCCCGGAGAAAGCCGUCGUCUUGCGUGGGGAGGACUUCCCUUCCCUGAGAGCAGCGGUCGCUCCGCCGCCUCCGCCACCUGCGCAGCGUCAGAAGGACAGUGAUGGUGCACGUGUAUCAACGCCGGAGACGCGGCCCAUGCCCCUGGGGAUGCGGCCGCAGGUAACACCCUCUCGUCCUGCUGAGCCCUUGGCCUCUUCCGGCAGCACGGGUGCUGGUGCUCAUGUAUCUGCAGAGAAGGCGCAAAGGAACGAUUUGGGGCCACUUCCUAUUGUCCGGCUUAGGUAUGAUUCCGAUUGGGCUGAUGAUGAGCGUGAUACAGGGUUGACCCUCCCGGAGCGUGACAGUAGGGAGAGGGGAUUCGGUAGGAGUGAGCAUGCCGUUCCAGGCCGUGACCUUUACGCAGGCAUGAGGGAGCCCUACAAAAAAGAGCCCUUUGGAAAAGAUUUGGUUGCUAGCAACAAAGAGGGUGGCCAGGAUACAUUGUGGCGAUCUCCUAUAUCAAUCCAACAAGAUAGAGAACAGACAGAUGGUCGGCCGCUCAGCGCAGGGAGAGGAACCAUUACGCAAUCAUCUUAUCAUGAAAGCAUGAAUGGUGCUGCUUCCAAGGAUUCAUGGAAUACAAGUAGGGAUUCAGGUAUGCGUGCAUAUGGACUGAAUGGUGCAGAACCAUAUGGAAAUGGACGUGCGGGGGAGACUCCUGGUGAACGAUAUGGUGACCUUUCAAAUAAUUGGUACAAGGGGAAUUCUUUCCAGAAUAGUUUUGUUUCCAAGGUGCAAUCUUUCUCUGGUAAUAAAGGGGUUUUAAAUAAUGAGCCACCUACAAAGUUUGGCAGGGAGAAGCGUCUCACCGGAACCCCUAUGAAGCCUUUAAUUGAGGAUGGAGGUUUUGAUAGUAUUACAGCUGUUAAUUUAAGUGCAAUAAAGAAGAAAAAGGAAGCAACCAAACCAGUUGAUUUCCAUGACCCAGUAAGGGAAUCAUUUGAGGCAGAGCUUGAUAGAAUUUUGAGGUUACAGGAGCAAGAAAGGCAACGGGUAAUAGAAGAACAGGCAAGGGCUAGAGAAAUUGUUAGGAAACAAGAGGAGGAGAGGGAGAGACUAAUAAGAGAGGAGGAGGAGAGGCAACGUUUGAUGGAAGAAGAGGCAAGGCAUGCUGCUUGGCUUGCGGAGCAAGAAAGAUUGGAAGCUGCUAAAAAAGCUGAGGAGCAGAGAAUCGCUAGGGAGGAGGAGAAAAAGAAGGCCACUAUGGAGGAGGAGCGGCGCAGAGAGGGUGCACGCAAAAAACUCCUAGAGUUGGAGGCAAGGAUUGCUAGACGACAAGCAGAAUCAAACACUAGGGAUGGGAAUAUUGCUUCAUGUAUCAAUGAUGGACUUUUGCCUGGAGCUUUGAAGGACAAAGAUGUGCUACAAUCUGCUAAUACUGACGACAGUCAUGAUUUUGAUAGAAUGGGUGAGCGCAUCAAUACCUCUGCAUCGUCAGAGUCCUCUAGUAACAACCGGUACAAUGAUGCAGUUCCAAGAGUGCACACUUUGAGAGAUGGACACUCUUCGUUUGUUGACAGAGAGCAUGCACAUUUUAGUGGAAGAACUUCAUUUCAAGAUCAGGAAAGUGCUCACUACAGUCCACGGCGUGAAAAUUUCACUGCAAGGAGGGGAAGUUACUCUAAGAAAGAUUCUUAUGAUGGAUUUGCAACUGUGACAGUCAGGCCAUCUUCAAGAGGCCGAACUAAUGAUUCACCAUGGGCAUCAGAAGACUACCGUCAUGGAAGGGUUCCAAGGUGGGAUGCACCAAGGGAGAACGAUAGGUUUGACAAGCAGACUGACUUUGACACUGACUUUUUUAGUAGUGACAGAUUUGGAGAUUCAGCUUGGCUGCCAAGUAGUUCACAUGAGAGUCCCAAUGGUCUCAAAGGAGAGAAGAUGUUUCAGAGCUCUGAGGAUAGUGAGUUCCCUUUUACAAGACCCCGUUACUCGAUGCGGCAACCACGUGUACCCCCACCUCCAGCUGUGGUUAGAAGUAUGAUUGGUUCUUCCACUCAACAUGCCAAUUCCUCUUUCAUGGAAAGUGGGUUGAGAGGGAGUUCCAGUAGGGAAGAACAUAGUACGGUGAGUGAAUAUGCACGUGUAUACCAAGAAGCAUCUCACCAGCAUGGAACAUCAGUGGAAGGCGUUGCUCUUGAUGAACAACAAAGUGGGGAUAGGGAGAAUACUAUAUUGGGCUCGCAAUCUUCUCUGUCAGUUUCAAGCCCUCCUAGUUCACCUCCACAUGUUUCACAUGAUGAGAUGGAUGUUUCUGGUGAUUCACCUGCAUUGCCAACUUCCGCUGAUGGUGAUCGAACUGUGAUGUCUGACAUUGACCAUGCAGCUUCAACCUUAGAUGCAGCCAACACAAGCAGAAUCAAUACCUCAAGCACAGUUUCUCACUUGGAGGAUGAUGAAUGGCCAAGUGGAAAUAAUGAAGAUCGUCAAAAGCAAGACGAGUAUGAUGAAGAAAGCAAUAGCUACCAGGAAGAUGAAAUCAAUGAAGGUGAUGAUGAAAAUCUUGACUUGGACGAUGAAUUUGUGCCUAGUUCACAUGUAGAACUGGAACCUGUUAUACUUGGAUUUGAUGAGGGUGUACAGGUUGAAAUACCCCCAAACCCUGAGCUUGAGUUAAUAUCCAUGAAGAACACACAUUCUGGUGUCAUGGAGCAGCAGGUGGGCAGUGGUUCUGUUUGCCCUUCUGACUUUGUUACUGAAGCAGAGAAGGCACUGCAGAACUUGACUCUUGAUCAAAUAAAUGCAUUGACAGUUGAAACUAACGGUGAGCCAUCCAAUAGCUUAGUAGCAUCUGUGCCAGGCUCCAAGUUACCUCAGACGCCUUCCACAGAUCCUGUCGCGCCACCAGCUUCAGUAGUAAAUGGCCGGAGUGAGGUCCCUGUUAAUCUCCAGUUUGGUUUAUUUUCUGGGCCCUCUUUGAUACCAACUCCUGUUCCAGCCAUUCAGAUUGGUUCCAUACAAAUGCCUAUAAACCUCCACAACCAGAUAAACCCAUCAUUAUCUCAAAUGCACCCUUCACCAGCUCCAUUGUUCCAGUUUGGCCAGUUGAGGUAUGUGCGCCCCAUUGCCCAGAAUGUUCAACCGGUUUCUCAACCGAUGCCCUCAAUUCAUUCAUCUAUGCCAGCUCCUUAUAUGUUGAAUCAGUAUGCUUCAAGUGGUCUCCCAAAUGAAAUAAAUCAACACAUUCACCAGAAUAUCCCUUCAGCCAAACAUCCUUUUUUGUUUCAGCAUUCAGAUUCACAGAAUCUUAAUACACCUGCGAUCAACCAGAUGGUUGAUGCAGAGGGAUUUCACAGCCUGCUGGACAGAUCUUCAAAACCCGAAAGUCAUAGGAAUCAUGAUAUCUCUCUGAAGAGGAAUUACAAACCGACUUCUAACAACAGAGAAUCUUCUCAAGUUAAUUCAGACGCAAAAGUUGUAAGUGGUACAAAGACUCCAGGUGCUGUACCUGGUGGACGCGGGAGAAAAUAUGGUUAUGCUGUCAAGGAACCCAGUACAAGGUCAGCGAGUUCAGUUGUUGACCAUUCUAAUAAGGAUUCAAGAGGAUUCCAGAGGAGGACUCGUAGGAACAUAAGAAGAACCGAGUGUAGAGUUCGGGAAAAUGUUGAUAAGCACCAGAUUCAAGAUGAACCAUUUAGUCAUAGUGAGCAGAACGAGAAGCCAUAUCCCAAUGGAACAUCAAGAGAAAUUUCUUUGAGAAAUGCAAACAGAAGGGAAGGUGAAAAGUCAUUUAGGGUUAAUGAAACAAGUGAUCUUACUGCAGUUACUUCAUCGACAUGUGCUAAUUAUUACAGUAAGACAGAGAGAAGUACACACAAGGCUCCAUCCUAUGAGAGAUCUCAUGGUGGGAACAAGAAAUCUAGAGCAGGUGCUAUCCCUGAAGAAGAUGUUAAUGCUUCAUCACAGGCAGGAGUUGCACGAGUUGUUAGGCAGCAGGGCAUUGAAGUCCCUGUUGAUGCAGAUGGUUUCAUCGAAGUAAGGUCUAAGAGGCAGAUCAUGAGUGUCAGGAGAGAGCAGAGGGAGAAAGAAAAUAGAUCCAAGAUGAGGAUAGCAAAGGCUCCCCGCAAACAGCAUCAAGUUUCUCUGCACAGCACCAGUAGCCCAAAUUUGAACAAGGGAACGGUUUCUUUGGCAGAACCUGUAAAGAAUGUUUCUUUGGAUUCUCUUAUGGCCGUUGAAGGCAGAGUCAUUGACCCUGCUGAAACAUCGGUUACACUGAAGGGUGAUAAAGCUUCCAUGACACCCAUAGGGCCACCUUUGGUCAACACAGAAUCUCAUACAAACUACUAUGCGAAGAAGCCUAUCCAAAGUCAUCCAUCCUCAGAUGUGGUCAAUUCUAGUGCUGCUGUAAAACUCGUGGCAGGCCUAUCUGCAGACAACAAUAAAACGAUGCCCAUUAGCAGUCCAUUUAACAUGGGCGCCUGGGAUAAUUCACAACUAAACCAGCAGGUUAUGCCAUUAACUCAAACUCAACUUGAAGAAGCUAUGAAACCAGGGAAGUUUGAACAAGCUAGUUCUGGCUUUUCUUUGGAACCAAUCAAUGCUUCAUCUCCCACAGUAGCUUCUGAAAAAGCAUUCCCUUCAUCUGCUAGCCCUAUCAAUUCCCUUCUGGCCGGGGAGAAGAUUCAGUUUGGAGCAGUUACCUCACCAACUGUACUGCCUCCAGUCAACCGAACUAUUACAAGUGGGCUUGGCCCUCCAGGUUCAUCUAGGCCUGAUAUGAAAAUUGAUCGCACCUUGGCUGGUGAUAGCAAUAGUACCGCUAUUUUGUUUGAUAAGGAGAUGGGUGCUGCAAAGGAAUCAUCUCCAAAUUCCAAUGAUGUUGAAGCUGAAGCUGAGGCUGAAGCGGCUGCCUCUGCUGUGGCUGUUGCAGCUAUUAGCACUGAUGAGAUAGUUGGAUCUGGAGCUGAUGCAAUGACAGCUUCUGCUUCAGACAACAAAAGCUUUGGGAAUAAGGAUCUAGCUGGAUUAACAUCAGGAGGUGCAGGUCAAUCAUCCACAGAUGAACCACUCAGCGUUGCUCUUCCAGCAGACUUGUCAGUUGAUACUCCAUCAAUGUCCCUGUGGCACCCUUUGCCCAGUCCACAGGCAUCAGGGCCAAUGCUUUCUCAAUUUCCUGGUGCACAGCCAUCCCACUUUUCCUGCUUUGAGAUGAACACGAUGUUAGGAGGUCAGAUAUUUGCAUUUGGACCAAGUGAUGAAUGUGCUGGUUCUCAGGGUCAGCAGCCUCAAAGAAGUAAUGCUUUACCUUCAGCACCAUUGGGAGCUUGGCCACAAUGCCAUUCUGGAGUUGAGUCAUUCUAUCGUCCUCCAACUGGGUUUACUGGUCCUUUCAUUAGUCCUGGAGGGAUACCAGGCGUACAAGGUCCUCCACAUAUGGUGGUUUAUAACCACUUUGCUCCAGUAGGGCAGUUUAGCCAAAUGGGACUUGGUUUCAUGGGAACCACUUAUAUUCCUGGUGACAAGCAGCCUGACUGGAAGCAAAACCAAGGACCUUCGGUUGUUGGUGUUAGCCAGAGUGAUCCAAGCAACCAAAAUAUGGUACCUGGUCAAGUAAGCUCGCCCAGUGUUCCUACUCCAGUCCAACAUCUACGCCCAACCUCUAUCAUGCCGAUUCCGUCUCCACUGACCAUGUUCGAUAUUGCUCCAUUCCAGUCAUCAACAGACAUACAGAUGCAACCUUGUUGGCCACAUAUGCCUGUAGCACCACUACACACUGUCCCAUUAUCAGUGCCGCUACAGCAGCAUCCGAUGGACGGCACAGCUGCACCGCAGUUUGUUCAUAACAUCCAAGUGGACAACAAGGCGAGUACAAGUAACCGGUUUCAGGAGCCUUCCGCGUCAGUUGUUCAAGCAGAUAACAGCAAGAGCUCCCCUCAGUUCACAAAUGAGAUAGGUCUUGUUGAACAACCAGCCUCCAGCAGUUCAAAUGGUCAAACUGUUCAGCCUUCGUUUGCUCGGGCAGGCAUGAUCAGCAAUGAAGUCCCAACCAGUGCCAAAGUUAUGGGUAGGUCGAACACACCAAAUGUUAACCCUGGGGUUGCUGCAGGGGUGACCAGCAACUCAAAUGGAAGUCAGGUUGCCAGCAUGCCUUCCAAGCCCCACCAGUCUUCAUCAUCAUCGGGUCAACAGUACCAACAUCAAGCUAAUAGUCAAGAUCGUCGGCCUCGGGUGGCCCAAAAGACUGGAGCCAACAAUGAAUGGCACCGCCGUUCCGGAUACCAGGGAAGGCCUCAAAAUUCUGGUUCAGACAAGAACUUGGGCACUGGUAGGAUGAAGCAGAUCUAUGUUGCAAAAUCAUCAUCAGCAAGUGGCCAUGCCCCAUCUGGUUAGAGCACAAAUGCUUUUCGCAAAAACCUGCGUGAAGGAGACUACACCAGCUCGACUCGAGCAUCUUUGCAUCGGAGACACUUGAAAUGUGUUCUCGCACCAUGUCUGUCUAUCCUUUUUGUUCCGUUGGCGAUUAUAUAGCCUGUGCUGAUCAUUUAUCUAUUUUUGGUUCAUUGUCUUUUAUAGAGAAGAAAAAGGGAUGUGGUUGCAGUGUCACACUAUAUAGUCAACCUUCCAAAUGUGCUAUUGUGUAAGUCGAUGGUGUGUUAUCUGAAUUGUUAAUACUAUCUGAAUUGUUAAUACUAUUCUUAAUUUUUCUUUUUGCCGGACUCUGGAGGUUUAAACAGCCUUGGAGGUGCCUAUUAUAUAUAUAAUAGGGGAGGAAACAUGCCUUGUGAAUGUGUCCAUGUCCCCAUUUUA